CAGGCUCAGAGCCGUCGUCCUUCGUUUAUCUCUCCCUCUUUCUUUUCGUUUGUCUCUUCUAACGACGCUGUAAUGACUUCUGUACACAGUCCUCUUCACUUUCUUGCCCAGGUUGCCUGUGACACCGUACAUCCACCAACCUCACCCCCUUGCUCCCCUUCUCCGCCCCCGGCACCCUCAUCCCCUGCAGACUCCUGGCAGUCUUCAGCCAGUAGCAUGGACCUCCACAUCCCAUGCACCGCUCCAGACCACAUACUCCAACCACCACAAAUGCAGCCACUGCGCCAUUCAACCUCCUCCAACUCAAGCCAUACCAGUUCUGACGUGUCCUCGCCCUCCCCAACUCGCAGAAAGACCGCAAAGAGACAUUCGCCAGACCAUCUCUCUCAAAUCAAGUUCAAGCAGCAGAUGCGCGCACGCAGGCAGAUGCUCAUGGAGAGGGCUAUGAGGAUCAAGUCUCUCGACAAUUCCCCGGUCAACGACCACCAGCUCCUUGUUCUGCGCAUGGUUUACGACCAGAUCACCAUGUACCCUCCAGAGUCCUGGAUGGUGCUCCUGGCUAUCGUCAUCCGUCGCGCUUUCAAGCAAGUCAAGAACUGGUUCUCCAACGAGCGACAGAAGAACAAGGAGGGUCGCAGCAUACGAACACAGACAAAGGAGGGUGACAAAGUACGACUCCGUCCCAUGGCACUUCAGCAGUGGUGUCCUGAAUGGUCGGAUGCCUUCUUUGAGGAGGUCAUCAUGAUAUACGACUACAAGGUUUUAAUGGAUUUACGACUCGUCUCAAACGAUUCCUGA